UAAAACCAGUCAUCCCCAUGUCUGAACUUCAGCAACCCUCAGAAGUCCAUUUCCUGUCGGACUGUACCUCAGAGAAUAACCAGAUUGAAAGAAUGGAAGAACUUUACGUGGCAAACACAAUCUUUGCCCUCAAUUUCUUCAAGCACCUGGCAAAUACAAGUGCUGCCCAGAAUCUCUUCUUCUCUCCAUGGAGCAUCUCAUCCACCAUGGCCAUGGUCUACCUGGGUGCCAGGGGCAACACUGCAGACCAGAUGGCCAAAGUGCUUCAGUUUAACAAAGUUGGAGUCCAUGAAGGCAUCCCAGUGACCCUAGAGAGUUUCACCAGUGGUGACGUCAUGCAGCAUGUCCAGAAGGGCCCUUAUCCUGAGGCUAUUUUGCAGGCACAAGCUGCAGGUAAGAUCCAUUCAUCCUUCUACUCUCUCAGCUCUGCAAUCAAUGCAUCCACAGGGGCAUAUGUAUUGGAAAGCGCCAACAAGCUGUUUGGAGAGAAGUCUUCGAGAUUCAAGGAAGAAUACAUUCGACUCUCCAAGAAAUAUUAUUCUACAGAACCUCAGGAAGUUGACUUCCUUGAAUGCGCAGAAGAAGCCAGAAAAAAGAUUAAUUCCUGGGUCAAGACUCAAACCAAAGGCAAAAUCCCCAGCUUGUUACCUGAAGGUUCUGUAGAUGCGGAGACCAAGAUGGUCCUGGUGAAUGCUGUCUACUUCAAGGGAAAGUGGAAAACUCCAUUUCAGAAGAAACUGAAUGGGCUUUAUCCUUUCCGUGUGAACUUGACUAAGCGCAUACCAGUACAGAUGAUGUUCCUGCAUGAAAAGCUGAACAUCGGAUACUUAGCAGACCUAAAGGCUCAGAUUCUAGAACUCCCCUAUGCUGGAGAUGUCAGCAUGUUCCUGUUGCUUCCAGAUGAAGUUGCUGAAUCCUCUACUGGCUUGGAGUUGCUGGAAAGUGAAAUAACCUAUGACAAACUCAACACGUGGAUCAGCGAGGACACGAUGGCUGAAGAUGAUGUGGAGGUGUAUCUGCCCCAGUUCAAACUGGAAGAGCAUUAUGAACUCAAGUCCAUUCUGAGCCGCAUGGGCAUGGAUGAGGCCUUCAGCCAGGGCCAAGCCAAUUUCCUGGGCAUGUCGGAAAAGAAUGACCUGUAUCUGUCCCAAGUGUUCCAUCAAGCCUCUGUGGAUGUUAAUGAGGAGGGCACUGAAGCAGCUGCGGGCACUGGGGCCAUUCUAUCAGGGAGAACCGGCCAUGGAGGCCCACAGUUUGUGGCAGACCACCCCUUCCUCUUCCUUAUCAUGCACAAGACAACCAAGAACAUCCUCUUUUUGGGCAGAUUUGCCUCACCCUAAAUUGAAAGGUUCUGUUUCUGCAUAGGAUUUUGUAAUAUGAGGCAUAAGCCUCAGAAUUGCUCUAAGUUCCAAAACCUUAGGAACUUUUUCUAUAAAUUUCUAUUUUUGGAACAACUUCUAUUACACACCAAAUAGAAAUACAGACAUAGCUUGACAGCUGUCAAUUGUAACAUUACAACCCUAUUCAUUAUUUGAUUUCCUAAAAUGGGAUGAUGUCCCACUAGUUCUUUCUUACUCUUAGUUUAUUUUAUAACAUCAACAUUCACUAUAUUAUUUAUUAUUUUUUAUAAUAUUUUUAUUUUUGUUCACUGUCUAAUGUAGGUGAUACAGUUAUAGAAGCAGGUCAUCACUUAUUUUUCUAUCUAAGGAAAUGCACUUAUUUGUUCUUAUAAUAAAGGGUCAGGGUCCUUCCAUGCCCUUCUGUAAUAAAAACUUACAAGAAAGCAUUGAGUAACAGACAAACACACAUUGUGUGCAUUUCUAGUUUUAUGUAUCACGUAGAUGUGUCUGUACUUAUGUAAGGUUGCCAAUAUACAAAAAAUAAAUGUGUUUCCAUGCAA